AUGGCUCGCCCUUCUCGAUCAAUAAAAGAGGACCUUACUCUUUAUGAAGACGACUCUAAUAUGGACCCUGCACCUUCUCCGGGAUAUGAAUAUGAGAGCCGUUCCCAAGUUACACACAGAUCCCCAAGUCAUAAGCAAAUGGAGAAGGAGACACAACAGCUGCAAGUAAAUCGUCGGCUAAACAAGUUUCAUCCUGCGAAGUCUCGCAGAGACGAGACCCAAUUCAGUGCGCUGCAGCCACUUGACCGACGCGCUUCCGAGCAGAGUCCCUUGGCAGGGCCUGUAACUCGCACGCAAGACCAGUCCACUGAAGAGCUUAGUUUGAUUGAGGAGAACGAGAGCCAGCAACUUCAGAAAAAAGAUGAAGACUCGGGGCUUAAACUGCGUCUGGACUUGAACCUCGACGUCGAAGUCGAGUUGAAGGCCAGAAUCUAUGGUGACAUUACGUUAUCAUUGCUGUAA